AUGGAGUCCGAACAUGUAAAGCACCUGCUGAAUAAUAGCAACAGCGACACCGCCAUGAGUGAGAACAGGAAGAUGGCCACCAGGCGCACAUGGCUACGGGUCCAGGCCAUGUUCUGGCGCUUCCUCAUGACGAUAGGCAUGUUCCUGCACACAGCCGGCUGGCCGCGAGCACCUCGUCCGUCAUUCGUUCGACGCAUUCCCUUCACCACUCGCGGACGCAAUGUGAACCUCUAUUUCUACUGUCCACAAUCCUACUGGAAUUAUCGAAAAUCCCGCCGGUCAUCUCCAUCCCCAGCAUCAGACCAGCCUUUCCCCGUCGUGGUCAAUUUCCAUGGCGGCGGGUUCACCCUCGGAACGGCAACCGACGACUCCUACUGGGCCAAAUGCGUUAUGCAGGAGACAAACGCCGUGUUUGUCAGUGUCGAAUAUCGUCUUGCUCCCGAGAACCCCUUCCCGGCUGCUGUAGAUGACGGCGUGGAAGCCCUGCUAUACCUGGCCUCCCAUGCCGGCGAACUCGGCAUCGACGCAUCGCGCAUCGCCCUGACCGGAUUCUCAUCCGGCGGCAAUCUCGCCAUCACUGUACCGCUACGACUCCGAGACCGCAUCAAAAACGAAGCGAGCAGCGAUAUUGUCAACAUGGUCGAACCCCUCGAUUCCACCCAACACCUGAUCGCGAACCAAGGUAACCUCAACAUCGUAGCCACCUUUGCCUGGUACCCGUUACUCGACUUUGUGGCCUCGCGUGAGCAUCGUCGCGCCACGAGCGUGAUACCUGGUAAAACCAUGCCGGCUUUCUUCACCAAUCUCUUCGAUGAAUCCUAUCUGCCAAACCACGAGCUGCGAUCGUCGCCGUUUGCAUCGCCCGAACACGCGCCCGAUGACAUGUUGAAUGAGGCAUUGCCGGCCGAUAUUUUCCUGUACACCUGCGAAUGGGACAUGCUUCUGCACGAGGGCCAGCGCUUUGUUCGUCGAUUGGAGGCCAUGGGGAAGCGCGUUCGCGCCAUGAUGGUGGCACAGGUGCCCCAUGCAUGGGACAAGUCGCCCAAUCCGUUUCGGGAUCAGGAUAAAAUCAAUAUUAUUUAUAAGGCGGCUUGUGGUGAGAUGAAGACCAUAUUCGAUCGUUCUUAG